AUGGAUGUGAUGGACAAGAAGGUGGCCACGUGCCUGGAGCUUCGUGUAUAUGGGUAUGGGAGCCAUGGAAAAAGAAAUGGUGGGGGUAUGCAUGAGCAUGAAGUGACUAUUUGUACCUUCGAGGAGAAGGGCUUUGUUGUUGCGAUCAUGAUGGACACUAAGGGGAGUGAGAUUCACAUGGGGGAACUUGGUGGUGCUCCGUCGGCCAAAGCAGAGGAUGAUGUGAAAGUUAGUGAUGAACUCCUUGUGGAUGGUGGAAUGGUGAGGUUUGAUGUGAUUGAGAAGAUUGGUCCAAAUGUUAAGUGUCGGUGUACUGAUCCUGGACUGCUGCUACCAAGGGUUAAUUUAACGUUCUGGUGGGAUGGGAGUUUAGUGCGAGAAUGUAAUGCCAUGCUCCCCACAAUUUCUUUAAAGGAUUGGUUGGACAUAGAUUUUGGGACUGCAGAGGAUGUUGAUUUUAUUGCAAUAUCAUUUGUCAAGUCUAUUGAAGGGAUUAAGCAUCUCAAAGGCUAUAUUGCUGCAAGAUCUCGUGAUAGUGACAUUAUUGUUAUUGCAAAAAUAGAGAGCAUUGACUCAUUAAAGAACUUGGAAGAGAUCAUUCAAGCGCGUCAGAUGAAGCUAUAG